AGCAAGCGGCGUCACUCGUUCAUUCCUUCUUUGUUCUCGGUGCAAUCCGGACGUUUCUGCGUGCGAGCGCAAUCAACUCUUGCUGGCAAGAAGAAACCUCGUGCCCUUCGCGUGUGAAUUUCGCCGAAAUUAGUGAAAAAAUUAGUGUUUGCUCCGAUUUUCCUCUUCGAAACAACUUUUGUAAGUCAACGCCAACAUGAGCGAGUGGGAGGACAAUGAUGACGCCGGAAAGUCGUUCGGCCAGGCCAGCUACGGCGACGGCGGCGGAGACGAUGGCCAGGAGAAUGGCUACGGAGAACGGCGCGGGGGAGGAUUCCGUGGUCGUGGAGGUCGCGGACGAGGUGGUGGCCGAGGACGUGGCGGCGGUGGUUUUGGAGGUGGUCGAAGCUACGGUGAGAAUGGUGACGACAACAACGGAUAUGGCGGAAGCGGAAACGGUUACGGUGGAGGUGGCAAUGGAUAUGGGGACAACGAUCAGGAUGGUGGGGAGAACGGCUACGAGAACGGAGAUCGUGGAGGUUUCCGAGGCCGAGGUCGUGGAGGCAGGGGAGGACGAGGAGGCCGUGGGGGAGGCGGAGGUCGUGACUUUGGAGGAGGUGAUAACGGUGAUGAGGGUGGUUUCGGACGAGGAGGAGGCGGCGGUGGCUUCCGGCCUCGUCAAGACGACAACAACAACGAAGACGGUGAGGUCAAGAUCGAUAAGCCCAGGGAGUUGUACAUUCCCCCUCCGCCGACCGAAGACGAUGAUGAAAUCUUCGGCACCGGCAUCAGCUCCGGCAUCAACUUUGACAAGUUCGACGACAUCAAGGUCAACGUGACCGGAGAGAACCCGCCCGGGCCGAUCACCUCGUUCAACGAGUCGGGACUGCGCGACUACCUGCUGACCAACGUGCGCAAGUCGGGCUACCUGAAACCGACGCCCAUCCAGAAGUACGCCAUUCCGAUCAUCAUGGACAAGCGAGACCUGAUGGCAUGCGCCCAGACCGGUUCUGGCAAGACGGCCGCCUUCCUGCUGCCGAUCAUCAACACGUUGCUCAACGACAACGACGACAUGACGCCCGGCAACCCGUUCGUUGUGGUUGUCGCGCCCACGCGAGAACUGGCACUUCAGAUCUCGGAAGAAGCCCGCAAGUUUGCCCGCGGAACCAUCCUGAAGGUGGUGGUCGCGUACGGUGGAACGGCCACCCGUCACCAGAUCGACAACGUCAACAACGGGUGCCACAUCCUCGUCGCCACGCCCGGCCGCUUGCUGGAUUUCGUUGACCGGCAGGCCGUCACGUUCGAUCGGGUCAAGUUUGUCGUGCUGGACGAAGCCGACCGGAUGCUGGACAUGGGCUUCAUGCCCGCGGUCGAGAAGAUGAUGAACCACGAGACGAUGAAGUCCAAGGAGGAACGCCAGACGCUCAUGUUUUCGGCGACCUUCCCCGGCCAGAUCCAGGAACUGGCCGGCCAAUUCCUCAACAACUACAUCUUCGUCGCGGUCGGUAUCGUGGGCGGAGCCAGCUCGGACGUCGAGCAGAACAUCUACGAGGUGACCAAAUUCCAGAAGCGCAAGAAGCUCGAAGAGAUCCUCGAGUCGAACGACCCCAAGGGAACGCUGGUGUUUGUGGAAACCAAGCGCAACGCCGACUAUCUGGCAUCGCUCCUUUCGGAGACUAAGUUCCCGACCACCUCCAUCCACGGUGACCGCCUGCAGCGAGAACGCGAGGAAGCCCUGCGGGACUUUAAAUCGGGAAAGAUGUACAUUCUGAUCGCCACGUCGGUGGCCGCCCGUGGACUGGACAUUCGCAACGUGGCCCAUGUCAUCAACUACGAUCUGCCCAAGGGCAUCGACGACUACGUGCACCGCAUCGGCCGUACGGGACGUGUCGGCAACAAGGGCCGAGCGACGAGCUUUUUCGACAUGGAGAACGACUCGGCGAUCGCUGGGGAUCUGGUGAAGAUCCUGACCCAAGCUGGCCAGCAGGUGCCCGACUUCCUGCAGGGAAUGUCCGGCGGCGGCGGCUCGUACGGAGGACCGAGUCAGUUCGGAGCGCGAGAUAUUCGUGGUGGCCGCGACGCCGAGGGUUCCCGCAUGGACGCACAGCCGUCCGCGCUCGAGCCCGAUGAAGAAUGGAACUAAGCGGGGCUUGCGACCAGGUUGUAGGCUAUGGAAUAGUCUAUCAUUGAGUUAUUAUUUCUCUUAUUAUCAGUAAGUUUCCUUUUUAGAUAAACUACGAUCUUGUGAAGAACGUAACAGAAUAUUUGGUUUUGAAAAGUACUUGACUUUCAAACGCUUAAAUUGUUGAAAACAAUUUAAUUUCAUUUAUGACAAUAAAAAACCUGAAAU